AUGAAGCCAGACCCUUCACAUCGAGUGAAGUUCAUCCUGAAGCGACUGGGAGUCCUCCUCUUACGAUACAUCUUUCUAUGCCUCUACUACGACCCUAGCUUCCAUCUGUAUAUGCCAGAUGGGAUCCCGUGGAAGCAGGAAGACUUCUCACCUGGCAAUCAACAACUGUUCUGGCGCGUUUUGUUCUCCUUCUCCGACAUUGAUGCACAAGCACGCCACUUUCUUACCCGUGGCACUUUCAUCAGACUACACAUCGUCGGUGAUCAAUUGAUUCCAGAUUAUCUGAUACUAUCAUCAUAUCACGACAUCCUCUCUGUCGUUGCGGUUGGAUUACACGUCGAUAGCCCGGAAGAAUGGCCCCCUCUAUUCGGUCAAAUAUGGCAGGCCUAUAGUGUCAGACGAUACUGGUCACACUUCUGGCAUCUCCUCGUGUAUAGAUCGUUUAGUGCUCAUGCCGAGUACAUGGUAACCAAGGUCACUGGAACUCGGAAGCGUACCACAAUGACGAGAUAUGCAAAUAAUGCUUGUGUCUUUGUUCUUUCGGGACUCAUGCACGCUCUUGUGGAACGGACUCUCAACCGAGAUUCUUGCUCGCUUUGCGGUUGCUGGGCAACAUUUUGGCGUUACUGUCUGCAGGUCGGUGCUAUAAUUUCUGAAGAGGUGUUUCAGAGAGUUAUUGCAGAACUCGAACAUCGCUUGAUCCCGGGAGAAGUGCGAUCCAUGUUUGCCGCAACGAUGCAUAGAAUUACCGGCUACAUCUGGGUCAUUUUCUGGACGCUGUGGUCAAAAGAGUUUACUUUCUUUCCCCAAGCCUACUGUCUAAAACAACAAAUAGCGGCAUGA